AAAUGAAGAAAAAUAAUGUAAAGUGAUUCGUAUAAUAAUUUACAAUAUUUAAUAAUUAAAGUUGCUUAUAGUAUAUACAUUUUAUGGUGUUUUAACCAUUGCACUUUUGAAAUUGAUGUUGUGUAUACCAAUUUUCUUACAGGAAUUAGUAUACAAUACAAAUUAAUCUAAAAGUAGAGAAAGAAUACAAAGAAAUUUGAAACGUAUUUUUUUCAUAAAUUUAACCGUUCGAGAUGACCGUUUACAAAAUUUCCAGAUUUAUUCAGCAUGUGAGAAGAAACUCUUACGAAUGUUGUACAGAUAUGUAUACAAAAGGAUUUCUGAAGAUUUCGAUAAAGCAAAAAUUCUCAAGAAGACAUGCAUCGAAUACAAGUACAACGCAACAUAAAGUUAACCCUUGGUAUUCGUUUGUUAAAUGGGAAUGGGGUAUUCCUACCGGAGUUGGAAUAUCAUUACUUGCGAUAUUGCAAUGGAAGCAUUUGAAAAAGUAUCCAUAUGCGAAAGAAGACAGCAAUGUGUAUGAGCCAAUUAAUGUUUUUGUGGUAAACUGUUACUAUUAUCUACCACUUCGGAUAAUAAGUAGAAUAUGGGGCUGGAUAGCAAGUUUGAAAUUACCUGUUGUUUUAAGACCAACUUUAUAUGGAUUUUACGCUAAGACUUUUGAUGCUAAUUUAGAUGAAGUUGAUUUAGAUCUGUCAGAUUUCCCAAGUCUUGUUGAUUUUUUUGUUAGACCUCUUAAACCUAAUGCAAGACCUAUUGAUCAUAAUACAAAUAUGGUUUCACCUUCUGAUGGAACUGUAUUACAUUUUGGACCAGUAACGUCUUGUCAUGUGGAGCAAGUGAAGGGUAUCACUUACAAUCUUAGACAUUUCUUAGGUGAUAUACGCUUGCCUGUCUCUGAUCAACCACAGAAAUUUACAAAAGAAGAUGACAAUGCUUAUGUGAAGUCUCUUCUGAAAAAUCCAGUAAACCAGCUUUAUCAAUUAGUAGUAUAUCUAGCUCCAGGAGAUUAUCAUAGAUUUCAUAGUCCAACAGAUUGGGAAAUAGAGUUUCGUAGACACUUUCAAGGAAAACUGUUGAGCGUCAAUCCAAAAAUAGCCCAAUAUUUACCAGAUUUAUUCUCAUUAAACGAACGUGUGGUGUAUAUUGGAAAGUGGACUGGUGGUUUUAUGGCCUAUACCGCUGUUGGAGCCACUAAUGUAGGUUCCAUAAAAGUUUACUGUGAUAAAGAUCUACAUACAAAUACCAUUAAGUGGCCUGAAGUGAAACACUGGAAAGAUGCUACUUUAGACUGUGCACGUAUCAGCAAGGGAGAAUUAUUUGGUGAAUUUAGAAUGGGAUCCACUGUCGUGUUGCUAUUCGAAGGCCCAAAAGACUUCAAGUUUUGCAUAAAAGCAGGACAGACAAUUAAAGUAGGUCAAGCUUUAACCGAGUGUGCAGUUAGAACUGAAGAGAAACAACAUAAACAUUCAUUAUGACAAUUAAUACCUCUGGUCGCACUUGAUUGGAAAUACGUUUGGCGAAUAAAUACAUAACCCUUUAAAAAUGAUUUACCGAUCUCAUUUGUACUGAUGAAAUUUAUAAAAGACUUAUAAAGACUUAUCCUCGAUGGUAUUGUUACUGUAAAUACGACUUUUAUGCGAAAUGAUUACAACUAGUAUUAAAUUGAAAAUUCCAAAUAAAUCACUAAAUUUUAAAGAAUUUGAAUUCUUUGGAAUUUUUACAGAUUUUAUGAAUGUAACGAAAGUAAUAGAUCGUUAUAGAACGUUGUCACUUAGCGUUUGAAGAAUCAAAAAUAUUUUUAUUAACUAUACACAAACAGACACCCAGUUACUACAAAAAGCGACAAUACAUUGCACAUUUUAAGUUUUUGCGUGUUAGAAGUGAUGUAAAGUUACUACUAAUACAAAACAUCGCAUUUAACAAUCACCACUACUAGUAAUAUUUGUGGAUGACCACUUGACUCGUCGUUGACGUGAUUCACUGAUAAUGUGUAUCACAAAUGUAAUCCUAUAAUGUACAUUAGUUUAUGUGUAUAUACAGAACUCAGUUCUUUAAAUUUUGCAAGAAUGAUUUUGUAUAUGAACCUGACAUGUAACGAAGAAGAAAAAUAAAUCGUAUUUGUGC